GGCAACGCGGACAGAAAUCGCCACGCAACUGCUAGUAUCAAGAAGCUCAAGGAAGAGGGGGAACUGACUUGGCACAUGCCUGCGGAGCUCAGCUUUUAGGCGAGUGCUUGAGCUGGCGAUAUGAGUUGACAGAAAGAUCCGGACAUCCACCACCUCUGAGUAUCUCCAACUAGAUGCUGUCAUCGCGUCGUAUCCAAGCUGCCGUCCUGACACAUGUCUGAGCAGAGAUGAAGAAGCGAUACCCACCGCUCCUCCCGUCUGUCCCUGGACAGCCAUCAGGCCCGGCAGAGCCUUCGUCGAGCUCGCAGCAGCUCAAGCGACGUCGCACCGGCGUUUCGGUCGCCUGCAAUGCUUGUCGUCGGAAGAAAAUCCGGUGCGAUGGCCUGCGGCCAACGUGUUCCACAUGUCGGGAGCUUGCCGUCCGGUGUACAUACCGCGACGACUACAAGCUGACCCCGGAGGCGCAGGGUCUCCUUGUCGAGGUGAUGCGUCUCCUCAACAGCCUGCCGGAGCGAGAGGCGAUUCGCAUGCUGCGGUAUCUGAAGAGCGAGACCGACGCGGCAGUGAUUCUGUCCACGCUACGAGGGGGGAUAUCUGCGAUCCAUCAGCCGUCGGAGCUCCGUAUUGCCGUGGCGACAAUGGACAAUUCCUUUCAUGCCCUCCAGCUUGGAUCACAGAAUCCAGUUGCAUACCCAUAUCUGCCUCCGCUUCAACCGCAGGCUUUGCCGAGGGAUGACUUUCGGCGGCUCACUACGAUGGGAAGCAAGCCUUCGUCUCCCUAUUCUCCUUCUCGACGGAUGCUCUGGGACCGCGAUCCCACCGAGUCCCAGGCACCGCUCUGCGAUGAACGGCUGCAUCAGCUGGAUAUCAGUCACUGGACCAAUGCUCCGAUCAACAACGAGUCGGCCGCCCGUGCCAUCUCCCUGUAUCUGGAGACGGAUCAUCCGCUGCUGGGCUUCUUCGAGCCCAACCUGUUCGUAUCGGACCUGAUCAACCACAAACAUGACUACUGCUCCCCAAUGCUGGUCAACUCGCUGCUGUAUUGGGCCUGCGUGAAUAAUGCCCGUGCCGUCUGCGCCGUCGACCCAGGCAUCGAUGCUCUCGCAGCCUACUUCUGCGCCGAGGCCGAGACGAUAUGGAGGACGGAACGAGAGUCUGACUCGCUUCUCAACCUGGCCUCCGCCCUCUUCCUAGGCCUGGGCUACCUCGGCCAAGGAAGAGACCAUGCUGUGCUGUCGUACACUUCGCAGGCUACCAAGAUGGCCACCAGGCUGGGCCUCUUUGGCGUCGACGAACACAGUCGUGCGAAGCCCAGCAUCGACAAGCUGUCCAAAGAGGCAGCCAGUGCGUAUAUGUACGCCGCAUGGGGAUCAUUCAACUGGAUCAGUCUCAUGUCGCUCUUCUACCGCCAACCGGGAAUAUUGGGCCCUCGGAGCCCCCCGAGCUUGCCCAUACCCGGCAUGGAGGAGGACAUCGAGGCCGCCUCGUCAGCCACAAGCCCUGGGUCUCCUCGCAGGGAAGGACCCGAGCCCGAGCCUCAGUCGCGGUACAUGGGAGGCGUAUUUCCCUACCUGUGCCAGUUCUGGAGCAUCAUGUAUGAGGUCAGUCUAGCGUAUGACGACAGCCAAUCGUCUCUGGAUAGCCAAGGGACCUUGUCCUUCGCGGAGCAUAAGUUCCGCCAGCUGCUCGCUUGGAGCAACACUCUCCCGUCACGCCUCCUCCGAGCCAACCAGAACCCGCAUUAUGUCCAAGUUCUUCACAUAUGGUUCCAUACUGCCGUUCUCUGCCUCUUCAGGCCGUGCAUCCAGGAGUUUGGUGUUGCUCGACUUCGAACGAUGGUUAGGAGCAUCAGCUCCCCGGAUAUUGUGUAUGCCGCUUCGGUCGCGCAGCUGAAAGACCUCGUCCUCAAUUUCAGACUCCAUUUCGCCUCCUCUACGUACACCGUGCUGUGGCAUACAGCCUUGAUCUACAUUACUAACGAGCUCCUCACCGGCCCCAAGGACAAUGACUGGUUCUUCUACUUUUUGAUAUGCGUGUACGGCUAUGAACGUCUGAGCCGGUCCUGGCGGGUGACCACGUCCAUUUCCAGAGCCCUGUUGUCAAUGGCUCUACGAAAGGGGGGCAUAACCAGUACCACAGCCCGGACAAUCCUGAAAGAUCUUGGACCGGACGACUUUCGCAAAAAGUACGGCGAGAUCCGGGCCACAUUCAUGGCAGACUUGGACAUGGCCGAGGAGGAUCCCAGCAAUGCCACUGUUGAGAGGCAGGCUGAGGACUUUGAGCACAAUGCCAUGCUGCGAGACUAUACAAAUAUACUAGACGCGGACGAGGCGGCAUGAUACGAGGAAGAUGCACAAGCGGUAUAUAUGGCGAUAUCUCGAGCGAUUGCAUCCUCUACUGCUCGAGUUUGGUAUCUAGACAGUGUGGUACGCGUCUGCCGCUGGACCAUAAAGCACAUCAGUUGGUAGACAUGUGUAAUGACUAAAGAAGAUAUCCGCUUGAUAGCGAGUUCGGAGUUGCUGC